GCGGAGGAGCGCGGGCGAGGCGCCGGGAAUGGCUCCGGCAGUGACUAGCGGGGUUCCGCCGACUGCGCUAUCGCUGGGCCCCACGGCUGCCUGGCUGGGCGGCAGCUCUGCUCUCGAUGGAGAGGCUCCCCAGGUUUUGUCAAUCCAUGAUUUACAGACAACUACUUUGACAACUAAAACUGAUGGCAAUGAUGGCAAGACUGAACACCUAGAGUAUAUUGCCUUUGCUUUGGUUCCUGUUUUCUUCAUCAUGGGUCUUUUGGGGAUCCUUAUCUGCCAUGUCCUUAAGAAAAAAGGUUAUCGUUGUACAACGGAGGCUGAAGAAGUAGAAGAAGAAAAACUUGAUGAAAAAAUAGAAAUGAAUGAAACUAUACAUGAGAAUAGUGACACUGUGGGACAAAUAGUUAACUACAUCAUGAAAAAUGAAGCAAAUGCUGAUGUGUUAAAGGCCAUGGUAGCAGAUAGCAGUGUCUUUGAACCUGAAAGCCCUUUAUCUCCUACCUCUCCUGAGAGUCCGAUGAGUCCAGGGACUCCUUUGUCACCCGGUGCUGUUCCGUUCAAGCACAACUGCAAAGCUCAUCACUUCCAUACUGUUGGAGGAGUGGUAGAAAAGGAUGUUUGUACUCGUUGCAGUCACAAACGAUGGCACCUUAUAAAGCCAGCUCACAAAUCUAAAGAGAACAGAAGAAGUCGUAUUGGAGAAGUUACAGUCCUUUCUGUGGGAAGAUUUCGAGUCACAAAAGUGGAGCACAAAUCAAAUUCCAAAGAACGGAAGAGCAUGAUGUCUGUUACUGGCGUGGAGAGUGUCAAUGGUGAUAUGCCUGCCACGCCUGCAAAACAAGAAGUGAGCGAAGCACCUGCCACGCCAGUGAAACAGGAAAUGCAGGAGAGGAGAAGCUCAGAGUAAACCGCAGGUGGAACUUUUAGAAGAAGCUUGUCUGUGAGCACUUUGGAGAAAACUGAAAACUCCCAGGAGAUGCAUACUAUUUAAGGAAAUGUAUUUAUGGCACUGCAGCAUUUUACAGGUUCUGUGAUGGCAUUCAUGCAAGGUUGAACACUUAAUGGGUUUUGACCAGUAAAAUCAGUUAAGAUUUAGACACUUAAAUACUGUUAAGCUGUGUGGACAUCAUACCAAGUGGCUUCAUCUUGGAAAGAAAGCAUAUAUACCAGUUUUUGGACAGGAAAGGUAAAAGCCUUAUGAGGUCUUUGAUUUUUUUUGUACUUAGACAAACAUUUCUAGUGAGCUCAAUAUUAAGAGGAAUACAAUGACCCCGUGGAUAAACUGCAUUCACCCCAGUGGUCCAUCUGGAUUUUUCUUCUUCUGUUCUACCCACUCCUGAAUUGACAAGUGUUUGCUGAGGAUAAAAGCCAGACUUUUAAGGAUGAAAAUAUUCUUUUAAUCUAACUGCUAGGAGCCAAGUAAAACAUACAAGGAAAUAAUUAUGUCAACCAAAUCUGCAUCUGUGCCUUUAGUACAUAAGCUCUCAAGCUCUGUGAAGGGUACUUCACAGCAGAGUGGUUCAGCUAUAUGCAGAUGUUAAAUUAAAUUGUUGUUUUCCCCUCACCCCUUACCUUCCCCUUACUACUUAAUAUAGGCCGAAGAGCAUAUUUUCCUAUGCAGUUGGAUGAGCUCUUGGGAAGAUUACUUUCCUCAAGGCCUUUUAUUCUCCCAUUUUCUUGUAACUACUCACUUGUAUUUGAAGAAUACCUAAUAGUUUUGCUUUUUUGUUUGUUUGUUUUUACCCCCAGGUUCCUUAUUAAGCUAAGGCAGCAUAUUUCAACCCUUAGAUAAGGAUAUGGAAUAUUUGGCAUAUGGCAUAUAUACUAAAGUGCUUCAAAGUGGCUUUAUUGGACUGAGGGUAGCUGUUUUCAUUGGCACCAAAAUCUUAAGCCAGUGUCACUCCCUUCAUAUUUUAAGUGUGACUUACUGCUAAAAAUACCGUGGUAUUUUGAUGUUAAUUUUUUGUGUCUUCUUAUGAUCUCUGCUUUGUCCUAUUACUUGUUUUGGGAAGGGAAAUCUCUGUAAUACUUAGCAAACUUUUCUGUGUAAUAGAACUGAAAAAUAACAUUUGUUCUGAGUGCCUAAGAAUGUAAGCUCUAAUGUAAUGCAUUUUAGUAGAGAUUGCACUAUAUUCUGAGAACUGUAACUUAAUCUACUUUAUGAACUCAAUGAAAAUCAGUGUAUGUUUUUGAAAUGGAUUUAUUUUAAAUUAGUACCUCAGUCUUUGUAAUCCAAGUGCUUUAAACUGUUUCUCCUUCAUAUCUUCAUCAAUUCAUACAGUCUUAACAGUCAGUGUGUACAAAAUUAAUCUUGCUUGUGUAUUACAUACUCUUGUGUCAGGAAACAUUAAGUUUUUCACUCUUGGUGAAAGCAUGUGCUGCUGAUGGUCGUCCUUUUACUUGUAUCCCCAAGAUAUUGAUUGGGCCUAUUCAGCGAUGCUAUAUUUGCCAAAAAAACACACCACUGCCCACCAAAACUUUGAAAAUAAUGUGUGUUUCUUUGUGGUGUGUUUUUUUUUUUAAUUGAUGUUUUUAGAGAUAAUAGUCUGUCCUUGAGAACCCAAAAUAAUUGUUUGGCUAGGACCAGAACCUGAGUGUUCAGCAUCCCUGCUCCCCUUAAUUUAAACUUGGCUUAUGAAGUCUCUUCAGUAUUUAAGUACAACAUAAACACCAAGCUCACCUUACAGGCAUACAUUAAGCUUCACUUGAUUAUUGGUGUGAAGAACUAAUAUUUCUAGAAGAUGUAAUUAGUAUUGAUUAUAGUAGUUAGCUUUCAGUUUCCAAGAGAUUGAUAGCUAUGAGUAUAAAAUGUUGCUGGGAAAAGGGAAUACUGGGCAAAACAAGCAGUUUCAAAUAAUUUUCAGAAAGGAAUUACACAAUUACAGACUGUUCCAAAAGCUUUUUUUAAAAAAAGGGUGAUUUAUUUUGAUACUGUAUUUUGAUACAUGAUGGGUUAAUACUGCAAAUAAAUUUGUCAAAAGGAUGGAAGAAAGUUUAAAUAGAAAGAUGUAUUUUUUUACUUAUUAUAAAAGUAGUUUCUAUUUUGAUUCCAUUGAAAAUACGUAGAAUAAAGGGAAUGGAAAGAUGUUGGAUAUGUAAAACAUUUACCUGUAUAAAAUGGUUAAAUAAGGUAUUAUCAGACCUGAUAUGUUCAAGAAUUGAAUUUAUGCAUUGCUUCUUGAGUAAGAGAGAAUUUAGAAACUGUGCCUGUUUCACUGCCUUUAACACUACACUGCUAUUUUAUAGGGGUAUGGAUAUUGCUAUAUUAGUUUGCCUUUCUUAAAUUUGCAUAUCAAAUGUAUAUUAACAAAAUAGUUUAUAUACAACUUUUAUACUACCAAACAGUAAAUAAAAAAAUAUUGAUUCUUAA